AUGGCCGGCUUGAUCAGUGACCUGGUCAACUAUGUUGACCUGAGCAAGACCAGUCUGCUGGUGUCGGCAUGCUCUAUCGCUUUCAACCCUACGUUUUGGAAACUAUUCGGUGGCCGAUCCGAGACGGCGUGCUACGGCUUGGCUGUCACCAUCUUCUCCCUUGGCAUGGUGCGCGACUGGCUGUACAAGAGUGCGAUUCAGGAGCAGCCGACCCACCCUCUCCUUCUGUCAGUUUACUCCCAGGCGCUAGCCUACACUCUCCUUGCAUGCGGCAACACGCUCGUCGUCUCUUCCACGUGGAGGCUGGGCAUCACGGGGACCUUCCUGGGCGACUACUUUGGCAUCCUGCUCGACGAGAUGGUGACGGGAUUCCCCUUCAACGUCGUCAGCGCGCCCAUGUACUGGGGGUCCACCAUGAGCUUCCUGGGCACCGCGCUUCUGCUUGCCAAGCCUGCGGGCAUUCUCCUAACGGGAUGGGUGCUGGUCGUCUACCUCGCUGCUCUACGGUUCGAGGAUCCCUUCACCGCCGAGAUUUACGCCAAGCGUGAGCGUGAGAGGACCUCGGGCAAGAAACAGGAAUAG